GAAAAUCCGUCCAACGUCUGAACUGCAAGAAAGAAUGGUACAGCGAACAGGGGGAAUCGAUCAGGACGGAUCGGGAAUUGAACGAACGAAAGGCGAUAUACUCGUCGAAAGCGAAGCUCAGGGGGUCGAGGACAAUGGGCAAACGCACGGUUUCAAACCGGCAGAGGAAGACAAAGAGUCAACAACGAACGAAAGCGCAAUCGACGAGGAGGGAAAGAAUGACGGCGCGACAAGAGGAAAAGGCCGAGAGAAGAGACGAAGAAGUCUGGAAGGAUGUCAGCAGGACGACGGUGGUAAUAAUAUUCGGUGGUGGAGGACGGGGGAUGAAACGACGGAGGGCAGCUCAGGCCAGGUCAGGGGGAGCGAUCUUACCGAGUGCCAGCACGGGUAAAGAGGAGAGAAAAGAGAGGAUAAAAAAGGUGAAAAAGGAUAGAAAGAGGGAAAGAUGACAAGGAAGAGAGACUGGAUAGAGGAAGAAAAGAGAAAAAGAAAAGAGAGAGAGUAGUGAAGGGGAGGAGGUGAAGUGAAGUUGAGGGGAAGGGAGACAGACACACCAUAACUAGGACCACCACUACGGCUAUUCAGUACUAGCACUAUGAUACAAUUCCUCUCGACUGGUAUCCCUUUGUUUAAUUUCUUAAUUCUAUAGCCAGAGUAUCCGUA